CCGCAUUUCGCGAAUGGACUUUGAAAAUCUGGCUUCGGUACCUAUAGUAUCCCCUAUAACCAAGUUUAAAUUGAUAAGAACCAGCAAUCCAUGGUACAAACUAACCUAAGGACUUUGAAUGCAGGAACUAGUUUCUGAUCCUUUGUCUCAGUUUGAGUCAUCGUUAUUUCAACACAAUGUGGUUGAUGUGAGAAAUGUGUUUCAAUUGUUCCGGGUGAAUACUCGUACUUUUGGAAGUCGUCGCCGAUCCUUGAUGAGAUGAUGGUGUGUUUGCGAUAGUAGUGUACGUCGUGCUUGCAUUUAUUUGAGUCUUUUUAACUUACUAAUUUUACGGUUCACUUUCAUUAAGUAUAUUGUGCAUUUUUUUAGAAGACUUGAUUGAAAAUUUAUUCGACUUCGAGAUUCAUACUGUUCAUGAUCGCUCAAGAUGUCCACUAAUCGAACACACGAAGGAAUCCGCAUUGUCGAUGACAGCAACGAUCCUUUUGUCUAUCUUUACAAUGUACCAAACCUAAAAGAAUUAGCAUCGCAUGAAGUAGCUCGAGGGAUAUGGUGCAGUGGUUUGGAGAAGUUCCAGCUUGACAAUAAGCAAGAUAGUUCUCAUAAGGAGCGUUCUGUACAACUGAUAGCGGAUUUGAAUAUUCCUAAAUGCAUUAAAGGUAUGCUCCGAAAUGACCUACGAGAAGUUGGCCGAAGUAUUAAACAAUGGGCAGAACAUUUAUUAUUUUACAUGAAAUUUCCCAAGAAAUUUUCCAAGCAUCGUUACGAUAUUCCUAGCAUCGAUCCAAACUGGUUGGUUUGGUCGACGAAUGGUGAAAUCGACUGUAGAAAAACCGCCAAAAACAUGCUACAAGUCGACUGCUUGACAAAUGUGCAUAAAUUCAUCAUUAUGAGCGCCUAUUGCAUGGAGGACGAAAUGAAAAAUUUUUCGUUGGAUUGGCUUCCGGUAGAUUUUUAUGCAAAUGUGACACGUUCCAACGGCUGGGUGUUUUUCUAUUGGAUUUGUUACCUUAGAAAUGAACUAUGUAAAGUGCCAGAAUACUUCGUCAUGGCAGAGAAUUUCAAUAUUCGUGAUCGGUUCAUCAACUGGAUUAGUUACCUUAGAAAUGAACUGUGUAAAGUGCCACGAUCCCUCUCCGUGGCAGCGAUGAAUCGAGCUACGGCAGCGAAUUUCAAGCCAGGAUCCUCCGCCAUGGCAGCGCAGAUUCGCGUUAUGGCAGCGAAUUUCAAUAUUCGUGAUCGGUUCAUUAACGAUUACUUCUGGAGCCUUUUAAGCGAGGAUGAUCAGGUAGCAAUUGCCAAAUAUUGGAUUCAUCGAACUUACAAACAGAGUAGGAUACUAAAUGGUCCAUAUUGCAACACAACUUGCGUAUUUUUCGAGCAAACGAUUUCUAAAAUGAAUUACAAUCAGCAACAACGUUUGUUUACAGAAAGUUCUCAUAUUAGCAUAUUUUUUGACUUCACGUCCUUUUCCAAUUCUCCGCGAUGUGCACUUUGCAUCUGGAGAAAUAUUAAAAAUCACAUCGAAGUUACACAAUUUUCUUCCAUUAUCGAUUCGCUUACGUUUUGUACUUCUGAUUAUCCUUUAUUGAUGUCUGCAUUAGCUGAGAUUUGGGAUACUGCUACUGAUUCCCAAAGAAAUUACCUGAUUCACGACCAAUCCUGGCUGUGCUCAUACAUUGACUUGUGUCUUGGCAAUGACAACCCUUACCUUCGAGAAUUUCUGAGCAAAUUACUUCAUCAGUUGCCUUCAAAUGAGAGAAAAAGACUGAUUUUCAAGGUAGCUAGAAGCCUUUUUUUUCACGAGUGUUGUUCCGAAGCGUUCAACUUAUUAGUGAACUCGUGUUUGCCGCACUGGAAGGACCAAUUGGCACUGAAAGAAUUCGUAAUGCAGUCUAUCAGUUUCAAAAUAUAUUUACAUGAUUUGGUAAUCCGUGAUCAAGAGUAUGAAAAAUUCAUUGGAAAAAUUAAAUUUUAUUGUUCUUAUGAUACAAACGCUGUCCAAGUAUUCAAAGAAGAGUUCCUGAAAACAGAAUUAACAGCACACUCCACUUGUGAAAUUGGUCUCAUUACCAACAUCAAUAAAUGGAAUAAAUUCAGCGAAUUUAUCGACGAUACUUUUGAAAACGACCCUACCUCAAGAUCGGUGGUGAAGCGAAAGUUCAUAUCAAAGAUGGUCGCCUCUGCCUGCAAAAACCCUAGAAAUGUCAAAACCCUUUAUGAUCGUUUCGAUGAUCUCGUGAAAGUUGUUGAAACUGUAUUUGUAGACGAAGAGUUGAAAAAAGUGAAACGUUCGUUUUUUAUUCCUUAUGAGCUAAUACUCUUUUUUUCUUUUCAUGAUUAUGAUCGUAGUUAUCCUUAUUCUGUGUUUCCUUCGGGCUGGCGGCGUGACUUCACGAGCGUGACCCAGUAAGGGUAAGGGCACCAAUUAUGGACCAGUCCGCAAUAUGGACCAGCGCCCGUUCUCGUUGGUAAUUAGCGCAAUCUGUCAGGAAAACAUAUAUUCUGAUGUUUUUUUCAUCAAAAAAACGAAUGAGACAAAAAUUACAACUGUAAAGUCAAAACUCGCUGAGAAAUUUACAAAAAACUGUUUUGAGACAUUGAAAAAUUUUUUUAGCGUGUUUCAACUUUUAUUAAAAUAUAUAUGUGGUGUAAUUUUCUAAAUGUCAUUGAUGUUUAUAAUAUCAAAAAAGGAUGUAGUUUCUGCUGGAGUGAUCAGUUUUUGCUAAAAAUGAGGGUAUGUACAGAAAUUUUUGGUGCAAAGUUUUUUUUAUGGGGUGCGCUAAUAUGGACCACCUGUGAUAUUGAAUUUUUCACUCAUUUUUUACAGCCACUGAAAAGAGGAAUGCUUGAAAUACUUCUUUUUGUUCAUUUCUACUAAUAAAUAUGAUGUUUUGAAAUGUAAAAAUAUGUUUAUUUUGAAAUUAUUCUUUAGGUGGUCCAUAUUAGGUGUCCAAAAUUUUGAACUGUCAUUUUGACACUCAUCAUUCAACAAUUUGAAAAAAAUAUUCAAAAUUAACCUGAACUGCUUAGAAUAAGUUUUUUUGUUCAUUUCUACAAAUAAAUAUGACCUUUUGAAAAAUGUGAAAAUAUGUUUAUUUUGAAAUUUUAUAGGUGGUCCAUAUUAGGCGUCCAAAAUUUCGAACUGUCAUUUUGACACUCAUCACUCAACAAUAAAAAAAACAUACUUAAAGUUGACCUUCACCCCUGAAGUUUUGUACAGUGUUAGUGGAAGGAUGGAACUUCAUUUUAAGGCUUUGUGGAGGUUUCUACCUCCUAUAGUUUUUAAGUGGCAAUCCUUCAAAAAAAAAGUGGUCCAUAUUUGGUGCCUUUACCCUUAUUAUGAAAUGUUUAAUCAAAAGUUGGCCGAGUGGUGGUCGAAGGACGAUAUCGAGAAGUAAUUUUAUCCGCUGAUUUGUCAAUGUGAAAUGUACGUAAGAAUUGAAUAAAAAUUACUCAGUUGA